GUCGAUCAUUUCGGCCACCCCAUCUUGACACUCUGUCUUCCAUCACACCUCUACCUCGCCUCCUGAAUCUCAUAUUCUCCGCUCUCCGACCAUGCCGGCGAGGCUAUACCUUCGGCCUCAGCCGCGCGCAUUCUUUCUUCUGACAGACACCCAUGCGCUCGUGUUCCGCCAGCCCGGCGCAGAUGAGAGCAAGGCCACACGGUCCGUCGUCGUUGCCGAGUUUCUGCCCAUCGACCAGGUUGACACGAACGGCCUUGUCGCCGCGGGGCAAUACCGGUCCGUCGAGGGCGUCUUAGGUGUCACCAGUGUGCCAAGUGAACGUUCACCUGUCCCGGAUGUCUUCCUCCUCCUUCUGACCGCAUCGACGCCCCUUGCGCCCCUCAUUCCCGGCUCGACAUUGCGCCCUGCGCGCGUCGUCUCCGUUGAGUUUCACUCACUGACAUCCAACUUCUGGGAUCCGCCAGGGCUCGUGCCAAGCUCAAGCACUUUCGACCCGAUCGACGCCGAGGAUGCCGAGUACUACCACCGCGCAGAUACGCGCGGCAACAAUAUGAGUCUUGCACAGGCAGCGGGUGUGGAGGACCCGUGGAGCGGCAUGCGCAAGUAUCUCGAGUCGGGCGGCUUCUUCCACGCCGCUGGAUGUCAGUGGGACAUUUCGCGACACCUCGGUAGCCAGGGCACAAAUGUUGUCGCGGACGAGAAGGGGCACGGGCGCAGCGCGCUCGAGGGCUGGGACGAACGUUUUGUGUGGAACGCCCAUCUUCUUCAGCCGCUGCUCGUGUUCCGACAGAACCUGCCUGACCCGGUACGCGACGAGCUCGACUCGCACGCGCUCCUCCUCCCUGUCAUCCAGGGGUUUGUGGGCUCGGUUCCGCUCGGUCCAGGUUCGUGGUCGCCGCAGGAGGGCAAGUUGAGCGGCCUGGCGCUCAUCUCACGUUUGAGCUGCAAGCGCGCUGGUGCUCGUUUCCGGACGCGCGGCAUCGACGAUGACGGCAACGUCGCCAACUUCGUCGAGACCGAGGUCAUACUCAGCACGGGCGGGACGAUCGUCUCGUAUAAUCAGAUCCGCGGGAGUGUACCGCUCUUCUGGCAGCAACCACAGCAGGGGUUCGGAACGCUACAGCAGAAGGUCGAGAUCACGCGGCCGCCGCAGGCGACCCAGCCCGCCUUUGACAAGCAUUUCCUCGACCUCCUUGAACACUAUGGCGCCGUGCACGCGAUUAACCUCCUGGGUCAGAAGGACGCAGAGGCGAUGCUCUCCAACGCAUACUCGGAGCGCUUCCGGGCGCUCAAAGCUGCGCUCGCCGAUGCUGACGACGACUCGGCCGACAGCAUCGCGCGCCUCACGUACACGCCGUACGACUUCCACUCGGCUGUGCGCUUGGGUAAACACGAGGCGGUGCGCACAGACCUGAACGCAAUGGGCGAUGUGGCCAACUCGGUGGAUGCAUUUGGGUAUACGGCCAUCGACCUGGCCAACGGUGAGCCGAUCGCAACGCAGCAUGGCACCUUCCGCACCAACUGUCUGGACUGUCUCGACCGCACAAACUAUGUACAGGAGGUGCUAAGUACGAUUGCGCUUCGUGGAUUCCUCAGCUCGCAGGGCAGUGCGCUGCUGAACAGUCCGACGCUGUGGUCGGCGCACCGCGAGCUUUGGGCCGACAACGGCGACCGCCUGAGCAAGACAUACGCUGGUACGGGUGCGCUUAACACGAGUGCGACCAGGAGUGGGCGCAAGACGUUCGCGGGGCUCAUCAGCGACGCGACUAAGAGUGUCGGCCGCGCUUAUAUCAACAACUUCCUCGACAAGGACAAGCAGGCCGCUAUCGAUCUACUGCUUGGUCUUAUGGCGGGGCAGCGCCCGGUCGUCUUGUUUGACCCGGUCAGCGACUCGGUGCAGAGUGCUCUUCUCGCCCGACGGAAUGAGUACUCGACGCCACGCAACCUCAAGAUCUUCAGCGGCACAUGGAAUGUAAAUGGGAAGCUCCCCGACGCACCUCUCGACGACUGGCUCUUCCCCGGCGAUCUCGCUGUGGACAUCUACGCGAUAGCGUUCCAAGAGAUCGUCGAGUUGACGCCGCAGCAGAUCGUGCAACCUGACCCAGCGAAGAAGCGCGUGUGGGAGAAGGAAAUUAUGGCGACCUUCUCGCGCCACUCCCAAGAGUCCAAGUACAUUAUGUUGCGCAGCGAGCAACUGGUGGGUACGGCGCUCAUGAUCAUCGUCAAGGAGAGCCUGCUUCCAGCCAUCCGCGGCAUCGAGUAUGCCUCGAAGAAGACCGGGCUGCAGGGCCUGUCGGGCAACAAGGGUGGCAUCGGCUUCCGCUUCCAGCUGUAUGACGCGACGGUGUGCCUUAUGACUUGCCACCUGGCGGCUGGACAGUCCGCGUACGCCGACCGCAACGCGGACUACCGGACCAUCUCAAAUGGGCUGACGUUCUUGCGUGGCAAGACGAUCGACUCUCACGACAUUGUCAUCUGGGCCGCCGACUUCAACUACCGCAUCGACAUGACGAAUGAAGAGGUGCGUGCGGCUGCCGAGCAGGACGAGUUCGACGUCCUGGUUGCCGCAGACCAGCUGUCGCUUGCCCGAGACGACGGCGAGGUGUUCCCCGGAUACUCGGAGGGUGCUCUCACUUUUCGUCCGACGUACAAGUACGACAAUGGGACGGACACGUACGACUCAAGCGAGAAGCAGCGCAUCCCUGCGUGGACCGACCGCGUGUUGUACAAGGGCGAGGGGCUACACUUGCGUGCCUACAAUUGCACCCCAGACCUGCGCACAUCCGACCAUAGGCCGGUGUAUGCGCUCUUUGAGGCGGUGGUGCCUGAGGUGGAUGAGGCGCGGCGCUCGGCCAUCGCGGCGGAGCUCGCAACGAAGGCGCGAGAGGCUAGUGCAAGCGGACGGUUGGAUGACCAUAUCGAGCGCGCGGCGGCUGGCGGCGUGCGAGGCCUUGUGAAGGAGUUCACCAGCGUGAGCCUCACGCCGUCUCCGGCCCGCUCGGCGGUCUCGACUCCCGAGCCACGGCACCCACCAUCUUUCUCGCGCGACUCAAAGCCCCAGCCCCGUAAGCCAAACUUAAAAGACACAGUUACCUCUGCAUAUGCGCGACUCGGGCAACCCCCUCCCCUUCCUCCGCGCAGUGGCACUAGCUCGCCUGCGUCGGUGGAGCACGCGCCUUACGAGCCGCGACGGCGGCCAGCGCCUCCGCCGCCUGCAGCGUCCGAGUUCCGCAAGAUUGGUCUGCCUCCCGACACGAACGAGGUGACGCCCAUGAGCACGGGUGACUUUGUCCUAGUGCCGUCGCCUGUACGUCCGACACCUCCGCUACCGCAGCGCAAGCCGAGCACGGCGAGCGUGGCAAGCGGUACGAGCCUCGCGAGUACAGGGAACGCUGCACCCGCCCUCCCUCCCCGGCCCCGCCCGACGAAGGGAUCGACGCUCGACUGGGAUGCCCCGCUACCCGACAACCUCGUCCCCGCCGUGCUUCCUGACAACCGGUCCCAGCCAAAGCCAGAUGCGCUCGCUGAGCUCGUGCGGAUGAAGGAAGCAGAGGCUGGAGAGUCGUCAAAACCCGUGCUGGCCUCCAAGCCUCCACCGCCGCCUGCCCCAAGGCGAGGGAUCAGCGUGGCGGAGAAGGUCGUAGAUGCCCCUUCGGAGAAGAGCGAGAGGAAGCCGCCACUCGCGCCCAAACCGCGUGGAAUGAGUAUCGACAACGCGGAGGUGAAGUCGACUCUCGCACCGCAGCGCCGCAUGAGCGUCGACAAGGACGAGCGGAAACCACCCCCACUGGCGCCCAAGCCCGCGCGUAAGAGCACGGAUCCGCCCUCACCUACCGCCACCUCGCAAGGACACAUCGCCGGCGCAGCUUCUGCCUCGCCAACGGCAACCUCUCCCAAGGUGCCGCCAACGCUGAAGCCCAAGCCCGAGAUUAAGCCCAAGCCCGAGAAGCACGCCUCCGAGCCUCAGCCCAAGACAGAAGGCAAGACGGACGCGAAGCCAAAACCAGAGAUUAAACCGAAGCCGGAGUUGCUCCCGAAACCGGAGAAGCCAAUGGUGCAACCCAAGCCAGAAUUGAAGCCCAAGCCGGAGACGGCAAACCUGUCGCCCAAGCCUGAGGUCAUAACCAAGGCCGAGGCCACAUCACCAAAAGAUGAGCCCAGACAGUUGAAGCCGUCCGAGCUCAGGGGUCGGUGGCCACCGACGCAGUAGGAUUCGGAUAUCGAUGCACAGAUCUCUGGUGUUUCAUCAGUGCUAAC